ACACAUCCUGUUCUCCAACCACAAGUCACCGAAACUGAUAUAUUUCGAUACUAUAACUAUCAACGUCUACCACUACAAAAUGUCAUCCGGAACACAAGGAAAAGGCGCCACGCCCACCGGCAACCAGCCCACAACAGCCACCCGCGGCGGCGCAAGCGCCUAUCCAACACCCGCCAACAACUCCGGCGGCGGUGCGGGCUGGGGCGAUAGCGGGAUAAUCAAGGGUGGUCUUGAAGGAAUCGGCAACCGCCUCUCCAGCGGCUCCGGCGAAUCCUCAACCUCCAAGCUAUCAAGUAUAUCCGGCGAACUGUCCGGACUCCGCGAGCAAAAGGCCGCCGGCGAGCAGAGGUAUAAGAGUGACGUUGCUGAGGCCGGCGCGAUCCCGGCUGAGGCGGAGGGCGAUCCGAGCUUUGCGAAGCGCAAGCCUGGGGGCGCGGAUACGCUGCCUGGGUGGAAUAAGGCCAAGGGGGCUUUUGGGAGCCUUCUAGGGAAUGAGUAGGGUUUCUAGGGCUUGGGGUGUAGUAGUGUUGGAUAGUGAGGUUUGGUUUUCCUGCAUUUCGAGUUGUUUUUUUUUUUUCGUCUGUGACAGUAUUGUAUAAUAGAACAUGAAUCUGCAAACUCAGACAUGGGUGUUGUAAAGGACU